AUGUCUUCCAAUGAAGUCACCAAGGCUACGCCUACCAAGAAGGCCCUUGCUAAGCCUACCCCAGACACUAGUCAUGGAUUACUGAAAGAGAGGCUCGAGUUUGUACUUACCUGUAUCGAGGUGACAGGAACUAAGAUCGACUUUCCUGCUGUCGCUCAGCACUACGGCAUCUCCACCAAUGCAGCAAAAAAGCGUCUUCAGCGUGCCAAGGAUUGUGUCGCUAGGCUUGUGGAGGCUAGAGAGGCAGCCCUACAGGAUGAGAAUAAGGCCGUUGAAACCACAGAGGAUGAAGAGGCCUAA